CUAAUAGGAAUCAUAGCUGGGCCGGCCCGAACAUCCAAAACUGACGCAGUAACGGACAGAAACAGACAGAGGCAGAGGGUGCUGCACUCAACUGAAGUGGUAAUGGUAGAAUUGAACGGCAUCGUCAAGAGGUUCAACCUGCAGAGAAGAAAGAAGGAUUGAAUUCAUAACCAUAAUCGUGAUUAUGGAAGCUUCGGAGUUGGACGAAGGCAUGAAGGUGCUGGAUUCGUGUUUAGCGCGUAUAAAUUGGCGCCUCAAACCUUCUUCCAAGCGUCGCUUACAAUUAGAUAUUCUCGCUCUCGCCACAACAAUGAGACCGGUGGUUAUGAUAGACUACGGCGGAAUCAUGCCGCAGCUCCAACACCACCUCUCUUCGCUCCUCCAACUCGCGCACAAGGAAUCCCUAAUUUUCGAGCACAUACGCGUUAUGGUUAUACAAGACAUGAUAUACCUAAUACACGUGACGGAACUAGCGCAGCAUGUGAGAUCUAGCUUGAACUCUCAGCAACCGUUGCUCUUUGUGGACCUGCAACACGAAUCGCCUAAGAUGAUAACGCAAAUCGAGGAAAGCCGAUUAGCGGUGCAGUUAGUGUCGAUUCAGAGGUUGUUUCUGACGAUAUUGUCUCCCGAGGGAAUCGCCGAUCCCUCACCGUCGCGGGAAGCGGAAUGUACGGAUGAUGAUGCUGACGCCACGUGUCGGAGCUUUGCCUCUGAUGAGUGCAUUGAUCUCAGUAACUGCAUGGACAACACUGACGUCACGGUGCCGACCUUGAAUGGAUGGCUUCUAGGCUAUCCGGUGGUGUAUCUGUUUGACAAGGAGCAUAUUUCUGAUGCCAUUUAUAAUCUUUCGACCAAAUACCUUCAUAUUUUUCAAGUGUUUGUCUGCAGGAAUAGUACUCUCAAGAAAGGGACUCAAGCUGAAGAGCUGUUAAGUUUUUCAGUGCCUUAUGAUCUAAGCAUGAGAGGGAGUAACGAACAAUGGGCAGAGGCUUUUCUGGCUCACAUGCAGGCAAAGUGGGAAAAAUGUGCAUAUGCUUGGAAGUCGUUAAAGAUGGAGGUUAGUGAAUGUCAUCCUCAAGCUAUCGUGUUAUAGAUGUCACCUCUUUUACGCUCAGCCUGUCAAAAUAGAUUUGAAUCUCACAAAGUACAUGAAGUAUAUGUGAGAGAAGAAUGUAUUUAGAUUAAAUUAAAUUAAAUUAAAGGAAACACUUAUCAGAAAAUGCGUUCUUUGGUUUAAUAGAUCAUAAUACAUUGCAUCUUAUCACAUGGAUUUUUA